AUGUUAAUACCUGAAUCACGUAUACAAGUAUGGUUUUCAAAUCGUCGUGCAAAAUGGCGUCGUGAAGGUAAAGAAUUAAAUCACACCAAACAAAAUAGAUCAUCAAGAUCACCAAGUUUAGAUGAUAAUCAAACUAAUGAUCAACAUUAUAAUUAUUCAAUAUUGAAUAAAGUACAAGAUUAUUCUAGAAUGAAUGAUCAUCAUGAAUUAGAUCAAUUGAAUUUAAUUAAACAAAAAUUAAAUUAUGAACAAAUGAAUCAACAUUCUACUAUAGUUUAUCAUCAUGAUGAUGAUUAUCAUCAACAGAAUAAACAAAAAGAAGAACAAAUAAAUAUGAUUAAAAAAGAAUAUGGUAAUAUGAAUUGGACAUAUAUGUCUACACCAAUUCAUCAAGAGCAUCUAUCACCUAAGAAACUAUUCAAUUAUUCUGAACAAUUUGAUCCAUUAAACGAUCAUAUACCACGAGAUCAUUCAAAUGUAAUCAAUCCAAUUUCUAAUCAUCAAACAGAAACUUAUACAAUUUUAAAUGAUGUAACACGUUCAACUAAUCAUGAACAUGUUUUAUCAACAAAAAUCAAUUUAAAUGAUCCUAUUCUAUCGAUUAAUCAUUAUAAUCAUGAUACAGAUCAUAAUUCUGAUCUAGAUCAUAGACAAAUACAAAAUAUCAUAUCAAAUAAUAAAAGAGAUGGAAUAGACGAUCCAUACUGUGAAUACGACUACUACUUCUACUCCUCCUCCUCCUCCUCCUCCUCCUCUCCUCCUCCUACUACUACUACUACUACUACUACAAAUAAUCAUAACAGUGAUACUACUAUUAGUAGUACUACUAAUAAUAAUAAUGUAAAUAGUUUAAUGAGUAGUAUACAUACAUUAAAUAGAAAUGAUUCAUUUGAUAUAUCUCACAAUCAAGAAAGACAAAUUGAUAUAGAAUUAAUGGAUAAAACACAAUCUAAUCAUUCAGAUUAUCAACCAAUAUGGUUGAAUUCAACUGAUCAAAUACAUAAUUACAAAACAGAUUCAAUAAAUCCUUCAUUAUGGUAUAGUAUGACAUAUCCUCAACCAAGUACAUUAUCUACUGAUUCUGGUAUUGGUUCACCACCACUACCACUACCACCGCCACUACCAUCAUCAACAUCAUCAUCAUUGUCUAUGCUUUCUAACAAUGGUAUCAUCGGUAAAUCACCUAUUUCUAUUGGAUAUGACAAUGGAUCAACUAAUCAUCUAUUACCACAAAUACUUCCUGAUACAUCAUCUCAAUUAUCUUCUAUGGCUGUAGCAGCUGCAGCGGCUGUUGUAGCUUGGAACAAUAAUACCAAUAAUUCAAACUAUAUUCACAAUCAAAAUGUAACACCUAAAUCGAUAAUAACAUCUAAUGAAUAUGAUAUCAUAUUGAAUUCUCAUGAAUCUACACCAAUAAAUUAUGGAUAUUUAGACAGAAUUAACUCAGAAUUUAAUUUAAUAUCGAAUACUUCUACAUCUUCAAUAUGUGCACCACCACCACCUUCAUGUUGUUCUACUACUACUACUACCACUACUACAUCUUCUUCUUCGUCGUCUUCGUCUUCUUCUCCAUUGGCUUCAACAUCUUCAUUAUCAUUAUCACAAUCUUCUGCUUCUUCAUGUUCUACACAUAAUAAUACUAUAAUUAAUUUUGAUUUAAGUAGUUUAGUUAGUCAAACACCUAAUGAUGAUGAUGAUGAUGAUGAUGAUGAUGAUGAUGAUGAUGAUGAUGAUGAUGAUGAUGAUGAUGAUGAUGAUGAUGAUGAUGAUGAUGAUGAUGAUGAUGAUGAUGAUGAUGAUGAUGAUGAUGAUGAUGAUGAUGAUGAUGAUGAUGAUGAUGAUGAUGAUGAUGAUGAUGAUGAUGAUGAUGAUGAUGAUGAUGAUGAUGAUGAUGAUGAUGAUGAUGAUGAUGAUGAUGAUGAUGAUGAUGAUGAUGAUGAUGAUGAUGAUGAUGAUGAUGAUGAUGAUGAUGAUGAUGAUGAUGAUGAUGAUGAUGAUGAUGAUGAUGAUGAUGAUGAUGAUGAUGAUGAUGAUGAUGAUGAUGAUGAUGAUGAUGAUGAUGAUGAUGAUGAGAUGAUGAUGAUGAUGAUGAUGAUGAUGAUGAUGAUGAUGAUGAUGAUGAUGAUGAUGAUGAUGAUGAUGAUGAUGAUGAUGAUGAUGAUGAUGAUGAUGAUGAUGAUGAUGAUGAUGAUGAUGAUGAUGAUGAUGAUGAUGAUGAUGAUGAUGAUGAUGAUGAUGAUGAUGAUGAUGAUGAUGAUGAUGAUGAUGAUGAUGAUGAUGAUGAUGAUGAUGAUGAUGAUGAUGAUGAUGAUGAUGAUGAUGAUGAUGAUGAUGAUGAUGAUGAUGAUGAUGAUGAUGAUGAUGAUGAUGAUGAUGAUGAUGAUGAUGAUGAUGAUGAUGAUGAUGAUGAUGAUGAUGAUGAUGAUGAUGAUGAUGAUGAUGAUGAUGAUGAUGAUGAUGAUGAUGAUGAUGAUGAUGAUGAUGAUGAUGAUGAUGAUGAUGAUGAUGAUGAUGAUGAUGAUGAUGAUGAUGAUGAUGAUGAUGAUGAUGAUGAUGAUGAUGAUGAUGAUGAUGAUGAUGAUGAUGAUGAUGAUGAUGAUGAUGAUGAUGAUGAUUAAUAUUGAAGGUUUCAAAUACCACAUUGAUGUUCAAUGA